GGGCCAGGCAUGCGAAGAGAGCUGAUACAUCUAUGAAGUAGUGGCCGAUAAACGUAUGUUCAGUACAAGCUCGGUGCUACCAGUGGCACGGAGCUCGCGAGCGCCCGGGUCAGGCCUUCCUACAUUUGUGCGGACGGUUCACCAGCUCACUCCAGAAAGCCCAAACUUGCCCGGAUGAGGAUAAAUAACUAAGGGUCUUCCAUGCAGAUUGGAGCGUGACUGCGGAAUAGGUGCGGGAACUUAUAUGUGAACUCCUGCCAUGCUUCGAAUUCCCACCGAUGGGCCGUGUAUUAGUCGACCGCGCUGGCAGUGCUUGGGCAGUGCGAGUAACGUAUGCUUGUAACCAUGGACGGCUCGCUGGUCGCCUCCCUCCUCGCUGGCCUCGUCGGCCUCUACGUCCUUGCGGACUAUGUCUGGCCCAGUAAACACAGCCUCGCCCAUAUUCCGACAGUGGGUGGUCCGUCCUUCCCGAUUUUGUCCUCCCUCGGUGCAUUUCGCUACCUAUUCCAUGCCCCGGAAGUGCUGGAGGAAGGUUAUGUCAAGCAUAAGGACGGUUUCUUCAAGCAUGCAGAGAUCGGCCGGAUGCGCUGGAAUGUCGUCGUUUGCUCUCCCGAGCACAUAGACGAGUUGCGCAAAGCGGCUGAUGACCAACUCUCAUUCCAAGAGGCAACAAACGAGUCGCUACAGGUGGAUUAUACGCUCGGCCCCAGUGUUCACCUCAACCCGUACCACAUCCCGAUCGUUCGCUCGAAUUUGACGCGCGCUCUGGGUGGGCUCUUCCCGGCGCUUCGUGACGAAAUCGACCACUCGUUCAAGACUGCAAUCCCUGACGCAGAAGAUUGGACCAAGGUCAAUGUGUACGGGUCGGUCAUGGAUAUCGUGUGCCGGACCAGCAACAGGCUAUUCGUUGGGCUUCCUCUGUGUCGCAACGAAGACUAUUGCGCACUCAACAAGAAGUUCACUAUCGACGUGUUUACAGGAGCCCGUAUCAUAAAUCUGUUCCCGAAUUUUCUCAAGCCGAUCGCAGGACGUCUAUUCACCAACGUCCCGAAGAGCAUCCGCCGCGGCGAGAAGCAUCUUGCCCCCAUCAUUGAGGAACGCUUCAAGCACGAGCAAGGUGACGAAUGGGAAGGCAAGCCGAAUGACAUGCUUCAAUGGCUCAUCGAUGCAGCCGAAGGCGAAGAGCGCAGUAUUCGCGCUCUGGUGCUGCGCAUGCUUACAGUGAACAUCGCCGCGAUCCAUACAUCCUCCAUCUCAUUCACUCAAGCCCUUUUGAUGCUCUCAGCGGAUCCGGGAUAUCUGCCUGCUCUGCGCGAAGAAGUCGAGGCAAUCGUGCGCGAAGAGGGCUGGACGAAGGGCGCCAUGAACAAGAUGCGUCGUGUGGACAGCUUCUUGAAAGAGACACAGCGUUUUCUGGGCCUGGGCGCAAAGUCCAUGGCACGGAAGGCACUGCAAGACUUCUACUUCUCGGACGGCACAUACAUUCCCGCUGGGACGAUCAUUUCCGCGCCUUCGCACAGUCUCCACCACGAUGGCCACUUCUACGACAACCCGGGUGUGUUUAACCCGUUCCGCUUCGCUCGCAUGCGGGACGACGACGGUGAAGGCACGAGGCACCAGAUGGUUGCGACGAGUACAGACUACGUCCCGUUCGGCCACGGGCGGCAUGCAUGCCCUGGCAGGUUCUUCGCCGCGAACGAGCUGAAAGCUAUGCUGGCGCACUUCGUCGUAACGUACGAUGUAAAGUCAGAACGCGCGAGCGACGCGCCUAUCGGACGCUGGUUCGGGGCGUCGCUGGUGCCUGACCGCAGUGCAGAGGUGCUGGUUCGCAAGCGACAGAACUGAGGGUGUACUCCUUCUGGGAUGCUCCGUCAUUUAUAUUGAUGGCUUUGAAUAGACGUGAACUUCUUCUGCCUGUG